GCGGGGAUCGGGGGAAAUUGCCAUCCUUAGCCUGGAAUUGUCGAGGUCUCAAGGAGGACUUUGUGAUUUCAGAUUUAACAAAGCUUUCUUUCAUGCACUACUGCGAUGGAGAUUUGUAUCAUCUUCCUCUCUGAAAUAAAGCAAUCCACUACUGCGAUGCAUCUGAUUUGCAUAGAUCUAGGAUUUGCACACGGUUUUGUUGUUGAUUGGGUUGGUAAGGGGGGUGGAUUGGCUUUGCUUUGGACAAAUGUUUUCCAGCUACAACAAUCCUUUGUUUCACAAUCCCUUAUAGCUAUUGAAAUUGUUGAUCCGGGUGGUUGUCAUUGGAGGUUGAUUGGGUUUUCUAGUCGAAAGCGAAAGGAAAGGGAUGUUGUUGGUGAAGCCGGUGGUGUUUUGCAAGGGGAGAAUGCUAUUCCAGUCACUAAAGGGGCUCUCGUUCCGUUAAUGAAUUUCAGCAACAAGGGAUUGAAGAGGAUUGGAAUCGUUAGGGCCAUGGUUCGGAGCCCAUGGAGACAAGGGAGGUGCGUGGGCUUGUAUGGAGGACCAUGCCCCUCCUGUUGAUUAUUCCUUAAGAAUAGAUAGGGCGACAACUUGUGGGUUGGGAACUAUUUCUUGCCAGAAUCCUUUGCUCUCCCCAUGAAGCUGGUUAAAUAGGUGAGGAGGUCCAGUAGCUUUUGAUGCUCGUAGUGACUCUCCUUUCUAUAUUAGUAGUUCUAUUUAACCCAUAUAACGAUCACAAUCUUUAGUUGUAGAUAACUCUCUUUACUUAAUUAUUUAUAUUCAUCAUGCGUAUGGUUUAAAUCUGUUACUAGUAUUGUAGGUUAUGUUUUUGGUUUCUGAUUUCUGUCUUUAGGAUAUGCUGCUUUAGGCUAUAUUGCCAUGAAAUGAAGAAUUAUAUUGUAAUUUUUCAUUAUUUAAUAUAUUUUUCUAUUUCCU